ACAUAAGUUUUUAUCAGGGAAACUGCACACUGAGUUCCUGUUGGUUGUCUGUUAAGUUGCCUCUAUUUGUCAAUGUUUUGACACACCAGUUUACUGCGUGCCAAAGUCAGAGGUUAUCUAACCGUUCUUUGCAAUAGUUUCAUGUCAUAACACAUCAGUUAUUCAUUGGCCUCAGACUGGCUAUUUUUAAGACCCUAAACCCUAUAGCAAAUGUCUUAGCAUAGUUAAGUAUGGAGCUCGUGUCACGUGUUGUUGUCAUUGCUUCUGAUACACUUCUUUUUCAAGACACACUUGAAAGUAGACCAUUUAUCAUUAUUGUUUAACUUGUCUUGCUCUGUUUGUUUGGGGGCUGGUUGAUGUUUUUGUGAGUGCUACUCCUCUCUGUGGAACCAAUCAGUGGAUAGAUCAGAGGUCAAGACUAUAUCAGUUCUGCAGCCAGACAUAAUUCUUAUUCUGUAACAGCUUCAAGAGACAUUUGGACGAUAUUGGCAGAACUUCUGAAACCUUUUUAAACUAAACUUUCAAGUUUGAUCUGCAGUCAUGGCACCGAUUUUACUGAAUUGUAUGGGAAAUGACCACAAUGACUACAUCAAGUAAGUAUUUGGAAAAUUUCAAUCAAGCCUUUUUGCUUUUAGAUGCUUUUAUUUUGUAAAUCCAUUCAAAGCAUCUUCUUGGGAUUUAUUUAAGUUGUCCAUUUAUUAAUAUGACAUCCAAUAUUGCUCAUAGGGAUCAGGAGCAGGUCCAGGUAAAAAAUCCUUACUUGGACACCAUGGAGGAGGAUAUUCUCUACCACUUCAGCCUGGGCACCAAGACUCACAACCUCCCAGAAAUGUUUGGAGACAUUAAGUUUGUUUGUGUCGGUGGCAGUGCAAAUAGGAUGAAGGCUUUUGCCCAGUUUAUCCACCAGGAGCUCAAACUGUCUGGAAACCCAGAGGAUAUCGGGGAUAUCUGUGAGGGAACUGACCGCUACAGCAUGUUCAAAGUGGGACCAGUGCUCUCUAUAAGUCAUGGCAUGGGUGUCCCUUCCAUCUCUAUCAUGCUGCACGAGCUCAUCAAACUGCUGCACCAUGCUCAGUGCCGUGACGUGGUUCUGUUUCGCCUUGGAACAUCUGGUGGUGUUGGUCUGGCUCCAGGUACUGUUGUGGUCACAGAUAAAGCCGUGGACUACUCCUUCCGCCCCCAGUUUGAGCAGGUGGUUCUGGGCAAAGUCAUCACUAGGAGCACUGAGCUGGACGAGGGAGUAGCCAAUGAGCUUCUGCAGUGCUCCUCUGAGCUUCAAAACAUCCCCACAGUGAUCGGAAACACCAUGUGCACCCAUGACUUCUAUGAAGGUCAAGGCCGACUGGAUGGAGCUCUCUGCUCCUUCUCUCAUGAAGAGAAACUUGAGUAUCUGCGGAAAGCUUAUGAUGCUGGAGUGAGGAAUAUUGAGAUGGAGUCCACAGUGUUCGCUGCUAUGUGCCGCGUCUGUGGCCUCAAAGCUGCUGUAAUCUGUGUUGCAUUGCUGAACCGCUUUGAGGGCGACCAGAUCACCUCCUCUCAUGAUGUUCUGGUGGAGUACCAGCAGAGACCUCAAGUCCUGGUGUCACACUUUAUCAAAAAACGGCUGGGACUUUUAGUCUGAGACACCUAGAUCUCCCACCUCAACCCCAGCUUUUCAAUGAAAAUGUACAUAGUUUUGACUAAUAUGUGGAUAUGUAUAUAGAGCAUAAUAAACAUUUUGAUAUGGACAUUAGACACUUAUUUAAAAAGUUAAGAUUAUAUCAUUUUGUUUAUAAAGCUAAGAUGUUUAAUAUGUUGCAUAUAAAAAUGUAAGUGUAUAUUUUAUCUUA